GGGCGGGGCCUGGCCGGACUUCUCUGCCGGUGGCCCGCGAGCCCCGGGCACCAGCCACGAGGUGGCCUGCGAGGGGCUGGGUGUCGAUGGCUACGUGGAGGCGGGAUGGCCGGCUAACCGGCAGCCAGCGGCUCCUGUGUGCAGGGCUGGCGGGGGCGUUCAGCCUCAGCGUCACCGCGCCCCUGGAGCUCGCCACCGUGCUCGCCCAGGUCGGCAUGGUGCGAGGCCACACCCAAGGGCUGUGGGCCGCGGGACGCCAAGUAUGGCUGACUGAGGGGCCCAGAGCACUGUGGAAGGGGAAUGGCGUGGCGUGCCUGCGUCUCUUCCCCUGCAGCAUGGUGCAGCUGACUGCCUACAGAAAGUUUGUUGUGCUGUUCAUGGAUGACCUGGGCCAUAUUUCCCAGUGGAGCUCCAUUGUGGCCGGAAGUCUGGCAGGCAUGGUUUCCAUGAUUGUCACAUACCCUACAGACCUCAUCAAAACCCGGCUGAUUGUGCAGAACAUGCUGGACCCAUCUUACAGAGGGCUUAUCCAUGCUUUUUCUACUAUUUAUCAUCAAGAAGGGUUCCUGGCCCUUUAUCGAGGGGUGUCCCUCAGUGUUUUAGGUGCUGUUCCCUUCUCUGCUGGCUCACUUCUAGUUUACAUGAACCUGGAGAAAAUCUGGAAUGGACCUCGGGACCGCUUCUCUCACCUGCAGAACUUUGCCAAUGGCUGCAUGGCUGCUGCUGUGAGCCAGACUCUUUCCUUUCCCUUUGACACCGUGAAGAGAAAGAUGCAGGCUCAAAGUCCUUAUCUUCCCUACUGUGGAGGAGUAGAUGUCCAUUUCACAGGAGCAGUGGACUGCUUCCGGCAGAUAGUGAAGACCCAUGGGGCACUGGGGCUCUGGAGCGGCCUGACAGCUAACUUACUAAAGGUAGUUCCAUAUUUUGGAGUUAUGUUUAGCAUGUUUGAGUUCUGUAAGAGAAUUUUUCUUUAUCAAAAUGGUUACAUCCUGUCCCCACUGACCUAUAAAUUGACUCCAGGGGUGGACCAAAGUUUGAAGCCCCAAGAGUUACGGGAAUUAAAGAAGUUCUUCAAACACAGAAAACUGGAAUAAAAAAACCCAACUCUGUAAAGCUGCUGGAACUUCCGGUGUUGCGGCAGUCACAGAUGAACAUGUGAACAUCAGGAGGAAUGGAAGUGUACUUUUGCCUGCUGCUCUUGGAAAUGAGACCACUAGGCCAUACAUCACUUCAGAACCCCAAAUUUUCUCUGUGGAUACCUGUACCUUGAAAAGCUUUUCUGGGGCUGGAGAGAUGGCUCAGAGUUUAAGAGCACUGACUUGCCCUUCCAAAGGUCCUGAGUUCAAUUCCCAGCAACCACAUGGUGGCUCACAACCAUCUAUGAUGAGAUCUUGUACACUCUUCUGGCCUGCAGACAUACAUGCAGGCUGAAUACUGUAUGCAUAAUAAAUAAAUAAAUAAAUCUUUUUUAAAAAAUUAACCUUUAAAAAAAGAAAGAAAAGCUUUUCUAACGCUGCUCUGUCACAAUGGCAUGGCAGCAGACUUUAUAAGGAGGGCUAUUGGCAAUCAGAUGUACAAUACACCGUCUGAGGAGGAACACCCUGGGAGGCAGCAUUGCUGCUACACUUCAGAGCAUCUUGUAACUAAAGUAGCAGAGCAGACAGCAUGUCACAAGCCCAGUCACGAGAGUCCAGGUGAGAGAGGUCAAGUUUCUCUCACUUUGACCUGUGGCUUCCCUACACAGACUUCUUCAACUCCUAACCACCGUGUAGGUUAGGCCUUAUCAAAAACCCCAAAUGAAAACUUUUUUUUCCCAAGAGGUGUUGCUCCAAAAUCCAGGCUACCCACAGAGACAUGAUCUUCCUGCCUAGCCUCCCAGACAGUGGAGAAUGCAAGUGUGUGCUGCAAUGCUCAUCUCUAGAACCCUCAUUCCUUAUUGCAUCAAGCACCCCAAACUUGGAAGCUUCAAGAAGGCAGUUUCCCCAUGACUUCUGAAAGAUGCACUGCCACCCUGACUCGUCAUGCAUGGUUCCAGCGGCCUUAAUUAUCUGCCUUUUACCUUGCUUUGUAAGCCUACUCUGAAAAUAAAUUAUUCAGCCAUCUUCCUUAUUCUCACAAUAUGUCCUAGUUGCCUAGAAAGGAUAGAUAGAACAUAUGACACAAUAUUCCCCCAUAUUACCAUGAAAUAAAAGUCCUUUAGGCUAA